AUGUAUCUCUCAAAGGUCUCUGGAUUAAAUACAAUUUCUGAAGAAGUUAUGACAUGGAGCAUUCAACCAGGUCAGGAAUUUAGAUUUGAAGUAGAAUUUGACUCAAGAAUAGAGAUAGAGAUAAAAUCUGGUACAGCAGAAAUUUUUGGAACAGAAUUGACAAUUGGGCCUGUAUACACCUUUAGCGGAGUUAAAUUGGCAUUGUUUACAUGGAGAGGAUGUGUUAUUGAUGUAAAAGGUACUCCAUCUGUUCAUUAUAUUGCAGAUGAAACUCCUAUGUUGGCAUAUAUGAAUUUACAUUUUGCUAUUGAAAAUUUAAGAACAGAAGCAAUGAAAAAGGAUGAAGAGGGACCACGUGUAUUACUUGUGGGUCCAGAAGAUUCUGGAAAGACAAGCCUUGUGCGAAUUCUUUCUGGUUAUGCAUUAAAACAAAAAAGAAGUCCAAUUCUUGUAAAUUUGGAUACACAAGAAGACAUUGGAAGCAUUCCCGGCUCUGUUUCUAUAACGUUGAUUUCUGGGAUAUUGGAUAUUGAAAAUACUUUUGGUUCUAGUUUAACAACGGGUCCAUCUCAGUAUCCAUCAUUGGUGACGUUGUCUUAUUAUUAUGGUUAUGAUUUUCCUACACACAAUCUUAAGUUUUAUAAAUCUUUAAUUUCUCGCCUGGGAAUUGUUUGUGCAUCAAAAAUGAGUGAAAUAAAAGAUGUGAAAUAUUCUGGAUGUAUUAUAGAUACAUCUGGAAUUAUUGAUCAAUCUAAAGGUUAUGAUAUAAUACAUAAUAUAAUUUCCGAUUUUUCUGUCAAUGUGUUAAUUGUUUUGGGAUCUGAACGUUUAUAUAGUGAUAUGGCACGGAAAUAUGAUAAUAAAAAAGGAAUGCAUGUUGUAAAACUCCCAAAAUCUGGAGGAUGCGUGAAUAGGGAAAAGUCAUUUAUAGAAAAAGCUCAGCACUCUGCAGUAAGGAAGUAUUUUUAUGGCGACUUUAGGACUAUACUGAGUCCAUAUUCUAUUAUAUAUGAUUUUGAUAGUUUAAUUGUUUAUAGAGUAGAAGAAGAAACAUUUACACAUUCGUCUGCGUUACCGAUAGGCCAUGAUAUUUCAUCGCAAAAACUGCAAAUGAUAAAAAUAAAUGUAUUUUCAAUAUUACAGAAUUCUGUUUUGGCUGUUUCUCAUGCCAAUAUAAACGAUUCCAUUGAUACUAUUUUAGAAUCACCAGUAGCUGGAUAUAUAUAUGUUUCUGAUGUAGAUGAUAAUAAAAAAAAACUUACAAUAUUAUCGCCUCUUCCUGGAAAGCUUCCUAGUUCUGUAUUAAUUAUGGGAUCAUUUAAAUGGCAGGAUCUUUAA